GAAAAGAAACAAAGUGGAGUUAGUGACGUCACAUCCUGUCAUCGCGACGAGAGAAGCCAACAUGGCGACGCUAGCAGAGAAAUCAACGAAGGAGCGUCUGCUGGCUGUGUUGGAUGACUUAGAGGUUUUAUCCCGGGAGCUGAUAGAGAUGUUGGCUCUGUCCAGAAGUCAGAAGCUCCCCCAGCCUGGAGAAGACACACAGAUCUUGGAGCUGCUCGUGCAGAGGGACAAGGAGUUCCAGGAGCUGAUGGAGGUGGCCCAGCAGCAGGGCAAGGUUCACCAGGAGAUGCAGCUCCUGGAGAAGGAGGUGGAGAAGAGGGACAGCGACAUCCAGCAGCUGCAGAAACAGCUGAAGGAAGCCGAACACAUCCUGGCCACAGCUGUUUACCAGGCUAAAGAGAAACUGAAAUCCAUUGAGAAGGCCAGAAAAGGAAGUAUAUCUUCAGAAGAAAUAAUCAAGUACGCUCACAGAAUCAGCGCCAGUAAUGCUGUGUGUGCUCCGCUCAACUGGGUGCCAGGUGAUCCGCGCAGACCUUAUCCCACCGACCUGGAGAUGCGCAGCGGGAUGCUGGGACAUAUGGCUAACCUGCCGUCCAACGGCAUGAACGGACAUCUGCCAGGCGACGCUCUGGCUGCAGGAAGGCUACCAGAUGUGUUGACGCCUCACUACCCCUGGCAGCCCUCAGACGUCUCCGUAGGGAUGCUCCCUCCUCACCAUGGCAACGACUUCGGCCUGGAGCCCCCGGGUCACAACAAGGAGAACGAGGACGACGUGGAGGCCAUGUCCACAGACUCGUCCAGCAGCAGCAGCGACUCGGACUGAAAGUCCGGCUGUGUGUGUGUGUGUGUGUGUGUGUGUGUGUGUGUGAAUCGUUUGUUUGGUUAAGUUAUGAAGUAUCACUCGGUUUCAUUGACCUGCUGUGAAACAUUCACAAACCAAAAGUUGCAGCUCUGUUAAAACCUCU